UACGCGUUUCUUCCGGUGCCUAUUUCACAUGAACAAGCCGGAGCAAACAUUUCAACACGUUUGUUUUCCUCUGCACGUAAGGAUCGUGGAAAGAAGGCGCACAUAUCGGUGAUUUUCCAUUCCUUCGCAUCACGAUGAUUAUUCCGAUCAGAUGCUUCACAUGUGGGAAAAUUGUUGGGAACAAGUGGGAGGCAUAUUUGGGGCUUCUCCAGGCUGAAUACACAGAAGGCGACGCCCUGGACGCGCUCGGUUUGAAAAGAUACUGUUGUCGGAGGAUGCUGCUUUCCCACGUUGAUCUCAUCGAGAAACUGUUGAACUACGCGCCACUGGAAAAAUAGACUUCAUGGAUUUGCGCUUGUUGAAACUGCGGCAUUUCUCAAACCGCGAGCAUGAUGAUCUCUGCGUGCUGUCACCCAUGUCUGGGUGACUAUAAGGAUGUAUUGUGUUGAGGACUUGUAUUAUAGGCACUCAAUUCAUUGUUUUUCGUUGCUUUAGAUAACGUUUUAGAAAUAAAGUGUGGAGCUUAUAAGAAUUUCGUUAAUGAUGAGAGGACGUGAUGUUGGAAGUACUGUGCAAAAUACACAAAAACUUACAUGAGCUCCAGAGGUGGGUAGACAUAUAUUUCACACAGAAAUGUGAGCCUUGGAGUAAAGAAUAUAUUGUGUGCAAAUUUUCAUAAAUGUAAUCAUUUGAAUUCCCACAUCGAAAUGUUUUCCUGUUCUUUUCAUUAUAUAGGUCUGUCCAGUUGCAAAGUACAAUUUGCUCAAAAAGUUAAGUAAAUGUAGAGCAUUACUUUUAA